UCUGCUCUCAGUUCUCAAAGGGCGUGUACGCCAUCAUGGGUCUGUACGACCGGCGCACCGUCAACAUGCUGAUGUCAUUCUGCGGCUCUCUGCACGUCUGUUUCGUCACACCUUCCUUCCCUGUUCAGACCAACAACCAGUUCGUCUUGCAGCUCCGGCCCCAGCUGCAGGAGCCCCUCAUGGCCCUGCUGGAGCACUUCUACUGGACCAGGUUUGUCUACAUGUACAGCCCUGACUCAGGUUUGUCAGUGCUGCAGAGGAUCUUGGACACUGCGGCUGAGCGGACUUGGCAGGUCACCUCAGUGAACUUGGACACUCUGACAGAAACGGGCUUCAUCAAGCUGCUGACUGACCUCGACUUCAAGAAAGACUUUCAGAUCAUCAUCGACUGUGAGCUGGAACGUCUCAACUCCAUCCUCAAGCUGAUUGCAGCUCAGAAGAGAAACUUGAAGAAUUAUCACUUCGUCCUUAACAACCUGGGCUUCAUGGACCUGAACAUGACAGAGUUUCAGAAGCUAGGCCCCAACGUGACUGGUUUCCAGCUGGUGAACCAAUCUGAUCUGGCCGUGGAGAAGAUCAACCAGGACUGGCUCGACUUCGACAGCAAAGACCUGAAACUGGCCCGCAGGAAGAUCAGGUACACAGGAGCUCUGACCUAUGACGGCGUCACCGUCAUGGCGACAGCUUUCCAGAACCUGCGUCGGCAGCGGAUCGACAUCUCUCGCCGUGGCAACGCAGGGGAGUGUCUGGCGAACCCUCCCGCUCCCUGGGGUCAGGGCAUCGAUAUACAGAGAGCCCUGCAACAGGUGCGGCUGGAGGGACUGACAGGUUGGCUUCAGUUUGAUGAGCGAGGACAUCGAACAAACUUCAGCCUGACAGUGAUGGAGCUGAGCCUCACAGGGCCCAGGAAGAUCGGCAUCUGGAACGAGAGGAGCGGUUACGUGAAGACGGCCGUGUAUAGACCGGUGGUGGAGGAGUUCUACGGCCUGCAGAACAGAACAUAUAUAGUCACCACCAUACUGGAGGCUCCCUACAUGAUGCUGAAGAAGAACCACGAGCAGCUUGUAGGGAACGACAGAUACGAAGGUUACUGUGCUGAGCUGGCCUCGGAGAUCGCCAAACACGUUGGCUUCUCCUACCGGCUGGAGCUGGUCGGAGAUGGAAAGUAUGGAGCACAAAACGUCGAAACAAAGAUGUGGAAUGGGAUGGUUGGAGAGCUGGUGUACGGGAAAGCUGACGUUGCAGUCGCCCCUCUGACCAUCACCUUGGUGAGAGAGCAGGUGAUCGACUUCACCAAACCCUUCAUGUCUCUGGGAAUCUCCAUCAUGAUCAAGAAACCCACCAAGUCCAAACCGGGGGUCUUCUCCUUCCUCGACCCGCUGGCCUACGAGAUUUGGAUGUGCAUAGUGUUCGCCUACAUCGGAGUCAGUGUGGUGCUUUUUCUGGUGAGUCGUUUCAGUCCGUAUGAGUGGAAAGGAGACGAGUCUGAUGAUGAAGAUGAAACUCUGCCCCCGUCUUCCUCUCGACGAGUUCUGUCCUCGUCUCAGUCUGCAGGGUACUCUCAGAACCAGAACCAGAACCAAAACCAAAACCAAAACCAGAACCAGAACCAGAACCAGAACCAGAACCAGAACCAGCAGAAAGAGAAGGAGACUCCAGAGUACACCAAUGACUUUGGGAUCUUUAACUCUCUGUGGUUCUCUCUCGGGGCCUUUAUGCAACAAGGCUGUGACAUCUCGCCUAGGUCACUAUCAGGUCGAAUCGUUGGAGGAGUUUGGUGGUUUUUCACCCUCAUCAUCAUCUCCUCUUACACAGCCAACCUGGCAGCCUUCCUCACCGUGGAGAGGAUGGUUUCCCCUAUAGAGGGUUCAGAGGACUUGGCCAAGCAGACGGAGAUCGCCUACGGUACCCUGGACGGAGGCUCCACCAAAGAGUUCUUCAAGCGAUCAAAGAUAGCAGUUUUUGAGAAGAUGUGGUCCUACAUGCGGAGCGCAGACCCCACAGUGUUCGUCAAAAACACUAAUGAGGGUGUGAUUAGAGUCAGGAAGUCAAAGGGGAAGUAUGCCUACCUGCUGGAGUCCUCCAUGAACGAGUACAUCGAGCAGAGGAAGCCCUGCGACACCAUGAAAGUGGGAGGUAACCUGGACUCUAAAGGUUACGGAGUGGCCACGCCCAAAGGAUCACCUCUCAGAAACCCUGUUAACUUGGCCGUAUUAAAACUGAACGAGCAGGGCCUGUUGGACAAAUUGAAAAACAGAUGGUGGUAUGACAAGGGAGAGUGCGGCAUCGGGGGAGGGGACUCCAAGGACAAAACGAGCGCGCUCAGUCUGAGCAAUGUAGCGGGAGUGUUUUACAUCUUGAUCGGAGGUCUGGGUUUGGCCAUGCUCGUGGCUCUGGUUGAGUUCUGCUACAAGUCCCGCAUCGAGUCGCGGAGAAUGAAGGAACUCAUUGAUGCCGCCAUAGCGAGUGGAGGAGCAGGUGGGGGCAUGGUAGCGGGAGGUUUUGGAGGAGGAGCGUCAGGGCUCGGAGGUGAGAAUGGCCGCCUGGUGGCACACGACUUCCCGAAGGCCGGAGUUCAAGGUUUACCCUGCAUGAGCAAAACAACUGGCCUGGGACUGUCGUCCACGGGCAUGUGAUCAAAACGGAGACCCGACUGGACAGAAUGCUCCAUUCUGACGGCCUGUCAGCCUGAGGAAGGGAUCGAAAGAAUAUGAUUGGAUGGCAAAGAAGGAAAGACACAAAGACACACGACCAAAGAGAUAAGGAGGUCUGAAGGUCUGUCAGGAAGAAAGAGGAGUGUUCAUGUUCACCUUGACUGGACUGAAAACUAUAGAACUCUGACGAACGGAGAGCACCUGAACACAACACAGGAAUGCACAAACAAGUAACUGGAUUUAAAAACUGAAUCUACUUUUUCUACAACGAUGUCUUAAACUCCUCGACUCCUGCAAGAUAAGAACACAGAGGAGAUUUUAUAAAAGUUCUUAAUGCACAGAGUCUUCUCCUCCCUUCACCUCCUCUUCUUUACAUCCUCUUUCCUCCCUCCCUUUCCCUGCUCUCCUUGUGCUCUGGUUCACAGAAAGUGCCGUCACCUUUAUUAAGUGUUGGACCUUGAAAGAGUCCGACUUUGAAAGAGUUGGACUAGGCGCAUGUUGACAUUUAACCCUUUUUAGACACUUUUUGAGGAAACAUUCAGGAGAGCGCCGUGAUCAGCAAUCCGCCCUCAUGAUAUCACAGUUUUAGUUUUAGACCACCAAGCAGCAUGUUUCAGUUUUUUGUUGUAUCGCUAUUUUUUAUCUCUAUUUAAAUGAAAAGUUUCUCUGAUAUUGCUUGAGGUCUUCAGCAGACCAACAUGUUUGAAAUGAUCUCAAAGGAAAUCCUCCUGCACAGACUGGAAACAUGUUAAUGAACUCCUGCAGCAGCAUGAUGAACUCAACAAGCAGCCGUUUGUCUGAAAGAAUCUCUACAUAUUUAUAUUUUUUAUUUAUAUAUAAGGAAACAAACACAAACCAGUUUUUAGGUUUUAAUUAUGAGUUUACAGAAUAACUGACAGUUCUGGUCUCACGUCCUGCGCCAACAAUAGACAGAAAAGAAUCUGCAUGUUUUGAAGGUUAGCAUCACAUAAAUCGCUCACACGACACAAAGAUUUCUCAAGUUAUUUUCACCCACUGUGAAGUGAUGGUGAGUUCUGAGUUACUUAACAAUUUCAAUCAAUCCGUCAUUUAAAAUGUGAUUUAAACUUUCCACUAAUGAACGAACAGAAAGCGCGAAGAAAUCAGCCGAGCUUUGGAACAGAAACAUAGCCUCUUCACACAUCUUACAUAUUACACCAGGACAUUAUGAUUCAGCUAACAAUGUUAAAUAUGCUAGAUUAGAUUAUCUUUCUGUUAUUUUCCAAAAAGUGGAUGUUGUUUUAUAUAUAGCUAGCCUGGAUUUGAUUUGAUGAAAAUUUAACAUUACCAAUACAUUUGCACAAUCAGGAGGUGUUAAGCUUCUUCUAGGUUUAUAGAGUCCAAGGAAAAUGUAUGGUAGUGUAGGCUAGGCUGUUAGCUGUAGCAUCCCAACUCUUCAUGUCCUAACAAGACUUAAGUGUUAAACAUUAGUAGGACCUGGCUGACUUCCAGCUCCAUUGAUAGCUGCUGCCCUCCUGUGGCACCUGUGUGUUACUGCAGAAUACAGGUUUGCUAAGAGAUUACCUAACUCCCACAGACACCGAGAGAGGACAAAAACACUGAAGACCAUUGUUGAUAGUAGCAUGAUUAUAUGUGUUAAAUCAAGGUGUGUUAGGAGCACCAGGUGUGUAUCCCAUUAUCUUUAUCUUUAAAGCAUGGAACACUGCUGAAAACACAUCAUUCACAUGUUCAGUGAUCACAGGAAACCACUCUGCCCUCUUUUACAUGAAUGGAAGAACAAAGCAGAACAUUUUGCAGCUUCGGGAGGUUCAGGUUUGAAACUGAAAUGUUUGUGGCUGCAUGUGUGUCUCCUGUUUAUUGGAGGCUGCACCAUAUUCAAACUUUUUAUACACAGAAACAGAAUAAAUAUCAGGAAUACUACCAUCACAUUUGUAUGACAUGAAUGGUACAUGUGCUGAGUUACACAUUAUUUUGUAUUGAUUUUUGAGUUUAUAAAAAUGUUCAUUUAUUGAUUACAUUCAGAUCAGUUACUGUAUUUAAUAAAUAAAAGUCUUUGAAAU